AUGAAGGUCCCUUACUUCCUUCUAUUCCUUGCGGCGACUGUGUCUGCCCAAAAUGUCGCCAUCGGUUUGCCCGCCGAAGGAGAGAACUUGGCUCCUGGGAGUUCGACUGUGGUACAGAUUCAAAGACCGAAUUCCCUCACCGGGUCUCAGGAAAUAGCCGUUGCGAUCGGCCUAUCUUCUUGCGCGGACUCCAAGUGUUAUUCUUCAGAAGAUGUCAUGGGCACUAUUUUAUAUAACGGUCCCUUCAAGCCAGAGUAUCAUGAAUCCGGCCUGCCGCCUUAUCAGAACUUCAGCGUGAAUAUUCCCGAAUCUAUUGGAAAAGGGACGGCGCAGCUCAAUAUUGCUCAUGUUUCCUUGGUUGGUGCUGGCCCUUUCCCAUUUAUGGAGACAUUGAACCGGACGGUCCUUAUUGCUUAG